AUGGGAAAGAUUGCCGACAUCGUAUACUACAGGGUACCCCCGCGCUGGCUCCUUGUCAAGAUGACCGACGACGCGGGCAACGUCGGCUGGGGAGAGGCGUCUCUCGAGGGCCACACGCAGGCUGUGGAAGGAUGUCUCGAUGCGUGGCGGGACCAAUAUGUCGGACUCGAAGCUGACGAUAUUGAGCACAUCUGGCAGCUGUCGUGGCGCAAGUCGUUUUACCGCGGCGGGCCGGUAUUCAUGAGCGCCCUGUCCGGCAUCGACAUUGCGCUGUGGGAUCUCAAAGCUCGCAAGCUCGGCGUCCCCAUCUACGACCUCCUCGGCGGCAAGCUACGCACCCGCCUCAAAGUCUACGCCUGGAUCGGCGGCGACCGCCCCUCCGACGUCGAGACGGCCGCCCGCGCGCGCCUCGCCCAGGGCUUCACCGCCGUCAAGAUGAACGCCACCGCCGUCAAGAUGAACGCCACCGCCGACCUCGCCUGGCUCGACGCCCCCUCCGCCCUGGACCCUUGCCUCGACCGCGUCGCCGCCGUGCGCGCCCUCGGCCUCGACGUCGCCGUCGACCUCCACGGGCGCGCCCACCGGCCCAUGGCCAAGCAGCUCGCCGCGCUGCUCACCCCGCUCCGCCCGCUGUUCCUCGAGGAGCCGCUGCUCGGCGAGCACCUCGACGGGAUCAAGUCCCUGGCGGCCCAGUGCAGCGUGCCGGUCGCGUUGGGGGAGCGGCUGCACUCGCGGUGGGAUGUGAAGCCGUUCCUGGAGGCGGGGUGCGUGGACGUGCUGCAGCCGGACGUGUGCCACGUGGGCGGCAUCUCGGAGAUGAGGAGGAUCGCCGCCAUGGCGGAGGCGCACGACGUAGCGGUGGCGCCGCAUUGUCCGCUUGGCCCGGUGGCGCUGGCGGCGUGCAUGCAGGUGGACGCGGCGACGCCCAACUUUGCGAUCCAGGAGAUGAGUCUGGGCAUUCAUUACAAUGUAGAUGGGUACGAUUUGCUGAGUUAUGUGAAGAAUAAAGAGGUCUGGGAGGUGAGGGACGGGUACGUGGAGAUGAUGACGGGGCCGGGGCUGGGCAUCGAGGUGGAUGAAGAGCGCGUGAGGGAGGCGAGUAAGAAUGCAAAGCCGUGGGUUUCGCCGGGGUUCUUUGGGCCGGGGGGUGAGAUUCGGGAGUGGUAG